AUAAUAAUGUAAAUAAUUCAGAUCAUCUAGAUAUAUUCAGAAUUCUCGAUGAGAACACUACCGAAUUAGUAACUGUUAUAUAUGGAAAUGAAACAUUACCCCAAGUGGAGAUUGAUGGGAAGGAAGUGUUGAUAAUAUUUUCAACAUUUCUUGAAAAUCAUAACUAUCGUGGAUUUAAAAUAAAUUAUAAACGAAUUUCUAGUACAUGCUAUCGGUAUGUUAGUGGGCUAUCUGGUAAUAUUGAAUUAGAUAUUCCAAGAGAUAAUUCAAUGCCCACAUUUUGUCGUUGGAAAAUUACUGUACCAAAAGGACAAGUAGUACGUUUCGAACUCCUAGAUACUGACAGAUCUUAUAGAUUGGUUUCAAAUAAUGGAUCGGAAACAUCGCCACCACGUUCUCAAGUCAACUAUUCUCUUAAUUUUAAAAUCUUCAAUAGCAUCGAUUCCAUUGCUAAGAUAACUGAAUUCUAUUUUGAAGACUACAAUUCCUCUAACGUAAUACAGUCAACCGAUAACUUAAUGUAUAUCCAAAUUAGAAUCGGUCGAUUAAUUCACUCAAUACGCAAAAUACAUGCACGUUAUUCUUCCGACCAUGAAUCGCACUGCCCGGUGGAUAUUCCAACUCAUCUUACCUCCGGUUUCUUAUCUGUAACUGCGGAUCAAUUCAAUUAUACGAACUUUUACUGUCGCACUCAAUUUUAUCAGAAUGGCGAACAGACUUUGACAUUUAAUAUAAGCUCACUUGUUUACGGCCACAGCAAUACGUACUACCAAAUCAGUCCGGUACGGUUUAAGGAUGAGCAACUGUUUGUACCAUUUGUUGCGCUUACUUCAAAUGUUAGCAAUAUGGUAAUUUCUUCUUCUGCAAAGAGGGGCUCCAUAAUUACCUUCCAAACUGAAUUUGUACAAUUUAAGGAAUUUAUGCUAAACUUCCGCCGUCACGAAUGUGGUGGAGUACAGCAAUUGUCAAACGGUUUUCAACUGAAAAGUCCGGAAUUUAGUAUUGAAAAUUAUGGACCUCUAGAAUGUGUUUGGAUUUUAAGAGCAACUUACACCACAUCUUACCACUUAAAUGGUACAAUAAAUUUUUCAGAUACUUGUGACCGAGAGUACUUGGUUGUAUAUGCAGGACCGUCAAAUGUAUUUCCGGAAAUAGGUCGAUUUUGUCGCGAUGUAACUGACUUUUCUGGUAUUUCUAUAUCCAAGUUAUUUACACAUGUCCUAUACCAUGCUGAAAAUUUUAAAACAUCGGAAAGCAAUUUCAUUCUUGAAGCACAGACACAUAUUAUAUGUGGCAGUACCACCGCAAUUCGAGGACAAGUUUCCAAAAUCUCAGUUGAUUCCAAAACAUAUAAAAAUAAUAUGGAAUGCAGUUGGGAAUUUGAUGCAGCAAAUGCAUAUUACUUAGUUUUGUCAUUUGUUGAUAGAUUUUUCAUUGAAGAUUCUGAAAACUGUACAAACGAUCAAUUAGAAAUUCAGACAUACGAAGCUGGCAUUUGGGUGAAAGCAGCAACAUUUUGCGGUCGUGAAUCACCUGAAUCAUAUAACACCAAAUCAAAGCGAAUACGUAUCGUUUUUCGAACGAAUAAUGUCACUACUGGAGAUGGUUUCACCAUAAAUGUUCACUCCACCUGCAAUGUUGUCCAUGUUCUUACCGACGAAUUUAAUCAAGUCGUGGAAACCACUCGAUUGGCGAACAGUUUUAUAGGCAGUCCGCAAUGUGAGGUAACAGUGAAAACGGAAACGGAAAAGUUGAUAAUAGCCCAUUUGUAUAUGGGACUUAGAUUCUCUGCUGCAAAAACUUGCAAUUAUGAGCGUGUUACAGCAUAUGUAAAAAGCAAAAUUAAUGGUACCGAUAUAUCGUCUGGAGUUUAUUGUAAUGAUGCAGAAAUAAGAGCUCCUAACUAUCUUAGAUUAGUAUAUAGUGGAUACUUUGACAGAGGUGAUUCCUUAAAAAUGGAAUUCAAACUAAACAGUUGUGGUGGUAACAUAACAUCACCAACUGUUAUUUAUCCAUUGCAACAUGAAGAAAAUGAACAGUAUGCAGAUAAUAUGAACUGUAUUUGGUACUUGCGUGCAGCUCCAGAUCAGUCCAUUGUAGUUAAAUUCAAAUAUUUGGCAAUGGAAGAAAGUUUUAGUUGCUCCUUUGAUUAUAUUGCUUUAUAUUCGGGUACGAAUUUAAAUGACGAGAAACGUGUGGCCAGACUUUGUGGUAAUAUGACAGAUAAUUCCCCAGUCAUAAUGCUGGAUAGCAAUACUGGUGUUAUAAAUGCUGUAUCUGAUGUCAGUGUUGGAUCCAAAGGAUUCUCUGCGAAUAUUAUAUUCAUGCCAAAUUGCAAUGAACGCAUCACACUUUCAGUCGAUCAUCUAAUUGUGUCUUUACCACGACAGUUCAAUGUCACAGAAGAUCUACUGUGCCACUAUCGGAUAUUAGGACCACGAGGCUAUCGUAUUAAUAUUCAACUUAAACAAUUACAUAUAAAUAAUCAAACUUCCUGUCGAACUUUAGAAAAGUGUAAGUUGUGUAACUUUAUUGAAAUACUGGACAGCGCUGCUAACCGACGUUUAUCUAUGGGAAAAUAUUGUGAAGAUGUGCACACUACCAUAUCAUUAUUUACGUCAGUGGAAGACGCCUUAAUAAAAUUUGAUGCCACCAAUAAAAAGGGAAAGGUCGAAUUUGAAAUUGUAUUGAACUUGAUUGAAUCGGAAUGUGGAACAGAUGAAUAUGUACUACACAAUAAUGAGAUUUUGAAUAUUGCAUUUCCACUGAAGAAUACUAGUGAACUUUAUCCACCAAAUAAACAUUGCAAGUGGAAAAUUAAAGCAACAUCUAACUUUGUAAUAAACUUCAACAAGUUUCUCUUACAAAAUGCCUCACAAGUGGAUAAUAAAUGUUUAGACUAUUUGCAUAUACAAGGAGAAUAUUUAUCUACCUACUACUGUGGUAAUUCAACUGGUUUCAAACUUCCUAUUGAUGAUUCGGAAAAGUCCAUUAUUCUAAGCUUCCAUAGUGACGAAUUUUUUGAAUACCCUGGAUUCAAUAUAACAAUUCAACAUCAGCAAACGUGUAACAACAGCUACACUAAAUUAAAUGACCACAUCGAUUAUUAUAGGGGUACAUUUGAAGAGGUACAGUGUGUGGAUGAUAUACGUGUGCCGGAUGAUUACAAAAUAAGUUUCUACAUGCAAUCAAUAUUUUUUAACACAUAUAACUGCUCCACCAGUUUUCUUAAGUUUAUUGACUUGCAUACAAAUCAAACAUUAUUGGAGACAUGUCAAGACAGAUUUACUUACAGUUCUCUACAUACAAACACAAGUGCUGUACGAAUAUAUGUAGACCAUUUCAGUUAUAUAAAAAUUGAGUAUAUAGCAGUUAAUCGGUCGUUACCAGCAGGUUGUGGUGGAGAAAUAUACAACAAUGAUGGAGUACUAUCAAGUCCUUAUUAUGAUAACGAUCGUAACUUUUCUAAUUGUAGAUGGGAUAUAAAAGUACCUUCACCAAACUACAUUCGCAUUUAUUUUUCCAGUUUUGAUAUGGGAUCCAAAGUAAAUUGUCCGCUGGAUAAUGUAACCAUUUAUAAAAUUUUACCUAAUGGUUAUGAAGAAGUAUUUUUAACUCUAUGCGGCCAAAAUUGGGCAGGAGCUUGGGAUGCUGUAAAAAUACCUAGUAGUCACAUUGCAAUUGUUUCGAAGAAAUCACCUAACUUCGAUGGAUCUGGAUGGACAUUAAAUUUUUACACAUAUGAUGAACGAUCUAAAUUUGAAAAAAAAUUAUUUAUACGAUUUUACACUAUUACUGAGACUAUUUAA